UGGAGAUGAGCUGUCCGUGCUAACGAACCGCCUCCCAAGAGUUAAAGAAAAAUAAUAACAGGAUUUAAAUAGGUGAUGUUAUAAUCGGAGGAUGCCCAGAUUGAUUAUAGGUGCUGUCCUUCCAGUUUUGUUCAUGUGUGAGAGCCGUUAGGAGGGAUAAAGCAAGACAGCACCUGCAGAGUCCACUUACCCUGUUUUCUUUUAUUUUUUAAUCAUCCAUGACUUCUGUUUCAUCAUCUUGCUGAAGUUUCAAACAUUUCCAACAUCGAGGCCAUCAUCAUGAUCUUCAUGUGAACUUUAGAUAUCGUCAUUUUUUUUGGCAGCAAGUCAGCAAAUCGUCAGUCUCGUAAUUUUCAUCAAUGUCGAUCUCCAAUAUCAUCUUGAGUUUGAAGUCAAUUAUAUUAAUAAUUCCUGGCUUGUGCUGUGGUUAUCAGAAGAUAAAACCUGACUGAUCGUUAAUGAACUUGACAAAAUGAUGAUUUCCCAAUUCGUUCUUAUAUCAUUUACUGGAAGACUAUGGAGGCUGUUGACUGACAUAAGUGUUGUCAACCUAACUCCACCUUGAGAUACCUCUUUUCGUCUCUGAUUUGUGAGCUGUCACUGCUUCCUAAAAUUACAACUCGGGAAUAGAAAGAAGACCGCCAUGGAAAUUGGUCUCUGGCAUAUGAAGAUUAGGCUCCCUCUGGGAGAAUGCAACCCGAGGCUUUCACCAACAUCUACGGGGUACAAGAUCCGAUUGGUCUUACUCUUCUUGAUCAUCAUAUGGUCAACAUUGCUAUCAAGUCUAGUUCUCCACUCAACCAUAGUCAUCACUAGACGUGGCGUAGUCACUGAAUCCAGCAACGACCACGACAUUGUAGAACAGGUAUCUGAAGCAAACACCAGCGGUAUCGGCCGGUGUGAGAAACGUAUCCUGCUAUUUGGGGAUUUGAGUGGCAUGAGGAGUUGGCCUGAGCUUUCCAAGUGGGUUGAGCUUCUGGAGAGAAGCCUGAGGCUUGAUCACGAGGUGAAAUUGGGAUGCAGAACCGACAGCAUGAACUGCACGGUUCUACUUUCUCUUGGGACCGAUCCGAAGAGGUUCCGCGGUAAAGACGCGGUCAUCUUUGGCAGUUUACCGCAUGCGAUGAAAGGACAGAUUGAGAUGCUGAAAACUCUUGAGCCGGGAGAGAACCAGACGUGGUUCUUCUACAGCACGGAGUCGCCGCAGCGCGUGACACUGUGGAAUCAGAAUCUGAACAUAACCCAGCUCAAGUAUCACAAGUUGAUAUCCUAUCGCUGGGAUUCCGACGUAUAUGUAUCGUUUGGAUCUUACAGUAACCAACCAACCAACACUUCCAUAAGCUUAUUGCCUCCAAAGAAACAUCUCAUAGCGUGGGUGAACAGCAACUGUGUUGAAAUAUCGUGGCCAAGAAAACCGUUCUUAAGUCGCCUCCGCGCUCGCAUACCAGUUCACGACUUUGGAGAAUGCGGGACCAAGCAGUGCGUACCUCGUCAUUCCUCUAAAUGCGCAUCAUUGAUACAAAGUUACAGAUUUCUACUUAUUCUUGGAAACGCUGAAUGUAAUGAUCUCAUCCCGUCUGAUUUCUGGUCCCUAGCUCUUGCCAAUGACGUCGUACCGGUUAUCUACGGUGUUCCCAAGUCGGACGUUGUCAAAGUUGCUCCACCUCAUUCCUUCAUCCACGUGUCUGAUUUCGAAACGGUUGGCUCAUUAGCAGACUUUCUCUUCAUGUUAGCAGAAGACGAGGAAGAGUAUGACAGAUAUUUUGCUUGGAAAAGACGCGGUAAAGUAAAAGUGACGUAUCCAAUCGCUCCAAAGCUGCUGUGCAGAACGAUUCCACACAUGUUCGAUGGUAUUCCGCAGUACCUUACCACUGUUGGUGAAUCUACCUGGUUUAAUGGUUGCCGGAAAAGACCGGAUGAGAAUUCAUUGAAACCGUUUAGCCCUGAUCAGCAGUACAGAGAAUAUAACCACUGGACUAUUUGGCGAGCGAUGUGAUCUCAAAUGAAAUACUGAUGAGGAACAAGUAAACAAAUUAAAACUAUGGAAUCUAUAUUCACGCGCGGACAUUGAAUAGCUGGAUGUGCCAUAAUCCUAGCAUGAUAGUAUGAUCCACUCAAAAUAAAUGUCAACGCCUGUAAGUUAUCAAGAGCAAAGGAUCCUAAUUCAUUCUCCGACGUAAAUCUACCACAGCUUUGAUCUAAAUAUAAAGUAUUUAAAUACAUUUAUUUAUCAAUUUGGGUGUAAGCCCGUGGUAUUCCUUUUAUAAUAUAUUUUGUAUUUAUUCAUUAAAUGACAUUUUACGCUA